GCUUCAGGUGAUGAAGUGAUAAUCUCGUCGGCAAUUGUUCAUCCAUAGUGCCAAUGGAGAGUUUGAAUCUUGAGUGCAAUUAACACGAAUUUUAUUUGUUUAUUUAGCUCCUGUAAAUAUGACUGAAAAUAGCCAGUGCGAACAAUCGUGUAUACUACAAUUAGAAGUAGUGUGAGCAUUAAGCUACAGAGGUGUUACCCAAGUGUUUGUAAAUUUUUUUAUUUAACAAGUACGAAUCUUACUUGGUUUCAUCUGAUAACGGUUGUUUUCGUUAUUGGCGAACACGUGAAAUUUCCUUAUUCAAAUAGCUCUUCUUAACGUCAACGACGUUUUGACUAGUAGUUGUGUUGUCUGUGGAUCUUACAGAAUUCGUCUUUUUAAAGACAGAGCACUGACAUUCCAGCUGGAAAUGUCUCCGAUUAGGAAGCGAGAAUUUGUCAACAGGGGAUAUGGCAAUCCUAAGCGAAGGUAGGCUCAGAACUUACUCGUGGACGACCACACACUCAAAGCCAAAGCGUCAUGGCAAUGUGGGUGACGGCCCCUGACAUGAUGUCAGACCAGUGUUUGAGUCCAACGCAACUGCAGCACCAUGCUGUUCCAGACGACAUUUGGAAUAAAUUCGACAUUGAAAGCGAUAAAGCCCUGGUUCUGAGUAACCAGGAGGCUCUACCUGACAGCAGCACAAACUUGAUGUUCACGCCUGAAAUGGGAUAUGUUAGCAGUAAUAAUGUUAUCAGCAGUAAUGCUGCCCAUUACCAUUUGGGUGUUCCUCCCACGCCUCCUCACUCUCCACCCACGGAACACGACUUAGACGAACUGGUUGCUGUCAUUCCAGAAAUUUUGGAAUCCCCCUCUGCCACGCCGCCUUCGGACAUCAGUGACAUUUUGUCCGAUUUGGAAUCCACUCCACUGACAGACAGCUCUUUGGAGGUUAGUUGGGGGUCUAACUGCUUCUCCUGGUGGCCCCCUGUUGUCGCCCCAGCCCCCUCAGAGUCCUUAAAACGAGACAUCAUGUGGGGUGGGGGGACGUGUUGUCCUUCCCUGUUGGAAGUUCCCAAGAAAGAACGCCAAGUUUCUGAAUGCUCAGCCGAUGCUGCCCUCAGAGAAGCCCUUCGACCUGACGAAGUAGCAUCAGACGACGAGGAUUCUGAGGAUAACAUGCCUGACACUCCUUCAGGAACGGAUAGUGACGGCGACGUAGACGAUCACAAUAGCAACAGUUGGCCUAGAAGCACAAACAGUGCAGCACGGUACGGAAACAUCGUUGUCUUCAGGGGCCUCGUCGAAUCCAGUAGUGCCCAACUCGCCCCAUCUGUCAACAGUGAACAUAAUUAUUGUGGCAGAGUUCCAGAACCCGAUGGCAAUGUCAUACCAGGCAUCGUCACUCCGUCAGAUACUGAAGACGAAGUUGACGUUGUAUCCUGCAAUGACCAGUCAGACAUUAUCAAAACCGCCUUCAACAUCAACACGGCUUGUCCGACCAUGCCUACCGCUACCGCCUCAUCCUCAUCGUCGCCCGGUACCGCAAGGCAUCAAGAUCAGUCCAAAAUUUCUGCAGACGUUAAACGCCAACUCCAAGCCCGCAUUCACGCCAUGAGAAAUCGUCAGAACAACAAGGUUGGUCUAGUGCCCAAUGAAGCUGACGAAGCCACUAACAGUAGAUUUGUUUCGGUGAAGAUCAAAACUCAAGGAAAACCUGCAGCCUACACAAAAAGGAUGAGGGACUACCACUCAGAGGUUAUGAAGACGACCAAACACAGACGGAGGAACCGCGGUGAAUCGGACGAAGGAAGACGGUCUGUUCACAACUCCCUCGAGAGGCAGAGGAGAGUCGAUUUGCGUAAUGCCUUCGAGUACCUUCGCCUCCUUGUCCCUGAAACGAAGGACCUAGAAAAGGCACCCAAGGUUCAGAUCCUGAAGAAGGCAGCCCUCCACUGCAAACAGCUCCAGGUCACCGAACAGCGAUUGAUGAGAGAAAAGGAGAAGUUAAGAAAACAACUCGAAUACCUCCAGCAAAGGAGAACGCUAUGUAGUUGAGUUUGAAAAUAACCUUCCCCUGUUGUAUAGUUAGUUGUAAGGAACUGUGAUUUAUUAAAUAUUGUACAUAGUUAAUGUUAUAGUGAUAAUGUUAUUGUCAAAAGAGGGAGCAUUUAAAGAGAAAAUUGAACAAUUUUUAUGGAACUUUUGGUAUAAAAUAAAGUAGCCUUUAUUGUAUGUGUGAUAUUUUGAGUGCCUAUUGUGUUAAUCGCCCUCGAUGCUCCUUGAAAAGUUCCUGAAGCUAAAAUGGUUGUCACGUAGCAUUAAGUGGCUCUGUGGAUCGAAGGAAAAUUCGCCCUAAAAGUUAAUAUGUAACUUCUCUGAUUUGAAAGUCAGAGGAACCCUAGGAACAGGAUUUGUAAAGUAGGAGAGAUUAGUGUUAGUAGUGUACAUAUGCACCAUUGGACUUAAGCUUACAACGUGACAUGGAAUUUAAUGGUAUUGUUGUGUACACAGAUUUCAGUUGUUGUGUACUCAGAUUAGCAUUGGAGAAAUUGAACUCUAUGUCAUGCUAAUGUAAAAAUUAUGUCUGAAGAGUAUUCAGAAACUUGGUAUUAAAGGUUUUCAGAAAUUUUUGUACUGUAUUUGAGGGGUAUUAUGCAGAUGCCAUUGACAUUUUUUUCAGGUGUGAUACCAAAGUUGCGUGGCCUGUGUCUGUCGUGUAUCCAAUAAUCCUUUCGUAAACUCUGUUUAUUGUUGAAUUGUACAGUGAGUGAGCCGUCAAGGUUAGAGGAAAAGGAGAGAGUGAGAGAGAGAUGCUUACGUAGGGUCGAGAUGGAUUGUGAAGGAAUGAAUGGUGAAUGAUCUCUUUUUAAGUUUUCACUUGAAUGUUCGUCUGGUUUUGACCUUAUGAGUUUCUUACUUUUGAAGGGUCAAACGUAAUGCCAGUUAACCUUUUUUUUUUUCCCUUCUUUUUGUGUCUUGACCUGCCCAUGAAUCUUCUGGGAAAAUACAAAGUAAUUCGUAAGGAUUUAGAAAAUAUUUAAAAGCCGGAAUACAACAGUUUUCUUAAUUGUUUCAAUUCGGUUUUGAGAAGUUUAUUUAUAUUGUAUAUCUUUUUAAGAGAUUAUCGGUUCUUUAGUGUUUAAGUGUUGCAGCCCCUUUUUCAAUUUUACCCUUUGAGGAAGAAAAAGGGGAAGACUUGAAUUUUGUCAUUAUUUUGGCCAAUGAUUCUCUAGUUCUAGUGGCAGUCGAUAAGAAAAGACAUGUAGAAGGCGGGGUUGCAUUAUUUUUUGAAUCCUUUUUGAGGGUCAAAAGAUGGAUUUAAAUGAUUAUAAACACCUCGCGACUUAGUUUUAGACCAGUAGUAGAAGUGUACAUGUGACGGGGUUAGAAGAUUUGAGCUCUGCAACAUAUGAGUGUGUUUAGCAAGGCUGGUGCAGCGUGGCUGCAGUUGGCCUUUUGUUUCAUAAAGUCUCUAAGAACUAUCAUUGUUGGUGGUUUCUUACGAAACCUUGGCUUUGUAGGUAGGUAACAGUAUUAUCGCUUGGAGGCCAUAUUCAGCUUGUUAAAAAAACGAGUGUCUACACUCGUGUAGUGUAAUUCGUCUAAAUUUGGGGGGGCUGGUUUUUUAUGCCAGAGCAUUCGUCUCUAUUUUUUAAUUACGUCAUAUGUCUGAAAUGCUCAAGUCAGUAAUUAAAGUUAGUGCACAUAAAAUAAUUACUUCCCUCAACUUUUUUUAAGGCCUCCGUAUAUGUAAACUAUAGAGAACCCCCUUUUUUGUAUUGCUCACUUUUGUAUGUAGAAGAAAAAAUUUAAUCUGGAUCGGUGAUCAUGACAAACGGCAAAUUUAUUGGUAAAUAGAAAAAGCGAAAUGUGUAUGUCAAAGCUUGGGAAACUGGAUGGUGAUCCAUAGUGGUAUUGUGACGUUUAUAGUCUUGUUCUUUGAUUGUGAAUCCCAACUGAUACCUCAUUUUGUCAAGUCUACUUAUGUAUACAUGAGAAAAGCUUGGGUUUAGUUUCCGGAAAAGCAUUUCAGUUCGUUCAUUUUCAUGGUUCAUUAUUUCCCUUCUCAGGUCAGUGCGGCUGGUCGGUCAAAGUGUUGUAGGGUUUGGAGGCGAUGGGAUGGAGUAGGUUCUUGUAUUGUUCUUAGCUCUUACGAACAACAAACCUACCUCAGUUUUCUCUGAAUCUCCCCCCCCCCCCCCCUUUACUAGUUAUCAGUGCUAUGUUGUCAUGAGUAUUUGUAAAUAAUAAUAAUAAUUCGUCAUUUCCAGUCGCAUUUAUCUGGGCCCAAAAGCAUUGUUUGGAAAAGCAGCAUACACACACAUCCAAUAUAUAAUGUAAAUAGUAGACCCCCUUUGUACUUUAUUAUACAGAUUUUUUGACAUAUGCUUUGCUAUAUAUAUACAUAUAUUAUAUAUUCACAAUGUGAAUUGAUGUGCUCAGUUUGAUGAAAACGGUUAAUCUAUUAUGAAGCAGUACCAGGGUUUAUUGAAAGGAAAAUAUAAAUAUAUAUAUAUAUUUUUUCACAUUUUCAUCAUAUAGACUUAGUAAAUGUUCUUUUUUUUUUCUUUUUUUUUCUUCCUCUUGAUACUACAUAUAGAGAGCGUGAGAGUGAGUGGCUUCUCUUGUACAAAAAAUAAAGCACAUCAGUUUGUAUUGACUGAGACUUAUUCUUAGAUUUGAAAUAUAUGUUAUUAUGAAUGUACAAAUGUUUAGGCCCGUUAUUAUUUAAGAGUUCAAAAUUACCUUCCUUUUUAGUUAAUUUCAUUUUUGUCAGUGGAUUUACAAAUAUGAAGUUGAAAAAAAAAACUUUUUUUUAAAUAUAUAUGUAAUAUAUAUUUUUUGGAAUUUUUUGUAUGUUAUCCAUUGCUGUUGGAAAAAGGAAUUGUCGAUUUUGUUUCAACUUUUCUUGCUUUAAAUAAGUGUUUAUUUACGAUAUGCCAUGUCAUUAAUAGUAAGUUCAAAAUGUUAUCAGAUUUAAUUUAGUGAAAGUUUAUGCAAAAAAUUUAUUGUACUUUUUAUUUGAAUUCAUCUAUAUAGCACAGUUAACAAAUUGAAAUAUACCAUUAUAUAUGAAA